UGACGUCGCGGCAAUUAUGCUACUGCUUCCCGUGGCCAGUUUUGCGAUAAAGGCAUAAAAAGCAGGGAAACCGGACGAAGACGUCUCUUUCAAACGAUAUAAGCUGGCAAGAUAUAUACAGCGCUCAGCUACUCCAAUGCCUUGAGGAAAUGAAAAUAUCAGUCAUUUUCUACUCCUUUUCCGUGUUCUUGUUCCUUUGCAGGCAAGAUGCGUUGGCCCAGUACAACUUGCCGAUGGGCACAGCACCCUACGGCUUGUCAAUCAGCAACGCGUACAUGCAAAGAGGACGCGCCAUCGGAGCGCUAAAGAAUGGUCUGUACGGUAACCCUUACGCUGGUCCCGCAGCUGUGCAGCCAAUAGCGGCGGCGCAACCGGCCCACCCCGCUGCUCAACCAGCACCGGCACAGCCCCAACCAUACGUGUUUCAACCGGGGGCGCCUCAAGUUUACGUUCUGCAACCAGCACCGGCGCCUCAGGUGCUCCUGUACCCUCAGCCAUUACUGGCACCUCAGCCACUGCACUUCUAUCGCUCGUAUCCGCCCCAGCCAUGGUUAGUACCGCCGACUCAGGCGUACGCCUUUCAGCCUUUAGCAUAUCAGCCGCAGCCCUAUCCAGUCCAGCAGCAAGCGGAUCCACAACAGACCUAUUCUGCUGCUUCACAAACGGCAUCCCAGCCAGAGACUGUCCUCGACCAGGCGGCAGCACCUGAACAUCCGGAAGUGUACGAGGCGCAGUCACGACACCUGCUUUUGUACAGCGCCGAUCCAGUAACGGCGCCGUCCCUGCUUAACGAACCGAGCCACUACUCAAAACGCGUAGAACGUGAUACAGCGGGAGUCGAUAACGCGCACCCUCACGCUGUGACGUACGCCACCUCCUUGCCAUUCAGUCUGGUGGAACAGACUUUUCCGGGAGGUUCGGUGCUGUUCCCGGUCCACAACAGAAGCCUUCCUGGUUUGGCCUUAGCGCAAAGACAUCUCAGUCAGGCCAAGAAGUGGAUUUCGUCCGUGCCAGCAAUCAACGUGAAACCGCAGCAGUCUAGUGCCUUAGCGCGGGUUUUCCCGUGGCUCUCGGCGAGGGUGCCUUGGCUACACCGCGAAGCCUCAUCGCAGGUUAAAGAAAGUGGAAGAAACGAUAGUAAAAAGUUCGAAAACCCCGAAAGAAAGAAUUGAGCAGCAACAAGAAAGAUUGCGGCUGUGGCAAGAAAGGCAGCGGCGAGAGUUGGCUAGGCAACGUCUGCAGCAUCAGCAGCUUCUAAGGCAAAGGAACGAAAAGCGGAGAAGGCUUCAGGAGCAAAGGCGACAGCGAGAGAGGCAACAGCGGUUGCUAACGCAAAGGGCUCGUGAACAGCGCCUGAGGCAACAGCGAGCUCAUCAACGCACGUUGGUGCAGAACCAACAGUUCAGACAAGGUCAAUUACUUCGACGGCAGCAGAGUGAACCAUGGACAAGACAUGUGGCUCCAGGACCUUCGUUCACGUCAACGAGGCGCGUGACGCCUGUGCAACACACUCCAACUAUCAGCUGAAGGAAGGAAAAUCAGCGCGUCAGUUCACCCACAAGCGAGACGUGGCGGAAAUAUCAGCAUCACUCGAAAGCCCUCUGGAGUAACAGUCAAUAAAACAGUUGCUGGAAGCAGCAUUAACGUUAAAGUGCAACCAGGUACUCGUGGAGCUGCAAGCAGCCAUAUCGUUGUCAAAAAUCCCUGGACAGGAGUGACGAUCAACAAAACAGUAACCGCUGAAGGAGCUUCCGUGCAAGUAAAGCGUGACCCCAGAGUAUCUGCCGGUAGCCAAGUACUCUUACAAAACCCGUGGACGGGAGUUACGGUCAACAAGACGGUUUCUGCGGGCAAUGUAAAUGUGGAGAUCCAAAGAAAGCAGCAAGCAUCUCCGAAGGCACAGAUAUUUGUUCGAAAUCCUUGGACAGGAGUGACAGUCAACAAGACCGUAAGUGGAAACGGCGUCAGCGUGUCUGUACAGCGUGAUCAACCAGGAGUUGCCGGCAGACAAAUAGUAGUUCAAAACCCCUGGACUGGUGUGACCGUAAAUAAAACACUGACCACUGGCGGUGUAAACGUGCAAGUGCAGCGUGGAAGUAGUGCAGUUCCCAGCAGCCAAGUUGAGGUGCAGAAUCCUUGGACAGGAGUGACAAUCAACAAAACGGUAACGGUGCAAGCUACCAAUGGACAAACGCAGCGCGAUACACCGGUAUCGCCAAUACAUCAAGUGCUGGUUCACAACCCGUGGACGGGGGUUACUGUUAAUAAGACAAUCAAUGGCGGCAAUGUGAAUGUCGAAAUUCAACAGAACGAGCAAGCAACCUUGAAGAAGCAAGUACUGAUAAAGAACCCUUGGACAGGUGUGACAGUGAACAAAACUGUAACCGGCAGCGGUGUCAGCGUCACCGUCCAACGUGACCAACAACAAAUUCCAAGCAGCCAAAUACUCGUUCAGAAUCCGUGGACUGGAGUGUCUGUCAACAAAACGAUAGAUGAGAACGGUGUCAACGUUCAAGUGCAAAGCGGAAAUCAAGGCAUUGCUAGUAGUCAGGUUCUAGUCCGGAAUCCCUGGACAGGAGUUACAGUCAACAAAACAGUUACCGCGCAAGGAACCAACGUUCAAAUUGAGCGCGACUCCGGAGUGCUUCCAAGCCGCCAAAUCCAGGUUCAAAACCCAUGGACGGGGGUUACAGUGAACAAAACUGUAACUGGCAGUAGUGUCAGCGUCAGCGUACAGCGUGACCAACAAAAUGUUCCUAGCAGUCAAAUACUCGUCCAGAACCUUGGACUGGAGUAACCGUCAACAAAACGAUAAGUGGAAACGGCGUCAACGUGCAAGUGCAACGCGGAAGUAACGGAACCGCUAGCAGGCAAAUCGUAGUGCAGAAUCCUUGGAUAGGUGUGACGAUCAACAAAACAUUCCCUGCCCGAGGUGUCAAUGUCCAAAUAGAGCGCGACUCCCACCUAUCCCCAGGUCAGGAAAUCCUGGUUGAAAGUUCGAUGACUGGAGUUAAAAUAAACAAAACAAUCACUGGGGGCGAUCUGAACGUCGAAAUCCAGCAUAAUAAGCAAGGAGCUCCCGAGAAGCAAAUAUUGAUCGAAAACCCUUGGACAGGAGUGAAGGUCAACAAGACCAUAAGUGAGAGCGGUGUCAGCGUUUCAGUGCAGCGUGUCGGACAGGAAGUUUCUAGCAGCAACGUAGCCAUUCAAAACCCUUGGGUGGCAGUUAACGUCAGCAAAGCAAUCGCAGGACCAAGCGUCAACGUGUCUGUCCAGCAAAGCGGCAAAAUACAGCACAGUGGACACCAGGCUGCACUAGAAAUCAGCAGGACAGUACCUGGAACUAAUGUCAGCGUUAACGUCGAGCGCAUCGCACAAGGAUACGUUAGCAAGCAGAUAGUUGUGCAAAAUCCAUUCACAGGAGUGACAGUCAACAAAAGCAUAAGUAGCAGUGCUGUCAACAUUUCAGUUCAGCGCGACAUUGGAAAACCUUCCAACGGCCAAGUGAUCGUCGACAACUUACAGACCGGAUUAGGAGCCGCCGGAAAUGUAAACGUGGAAGUCCAGCGUAACAUGGAAGAAGCUCCCAGCGGUGGGAUAACUGUACAAAAUUCCUUGGCAGGAGUAACCGUUAAUAAGUCUUUAAGUGGUAGCAGCGUUAACGUCUCCAUCCAGCGUGAUUUGCCAGGAUUCGCAACAAGCAAACGAAUAGAGGUUUACAACCCCUGGACGGGAACGUCUAUUAACAAAACGAUCGGUGGAGAAGGCGUAAACAUCUCGGUGCAACAUGGUCUUGGAGGAGCCCCAAAUAGUCAAGUGAUUGUCGAAAACCCGUGGGCGGGAGUGAAAAUUAACAAAACCGUUACCCCAAACAACAUUAAUGUUGAGGUCCAACGAAGCGUGGAAGGAACCUUUAACAGUCGUAUAGUGGCUGAAAAUCCUUUCUCAACAGUCGCAGUUAACAAAACAGUAAGCCCCGGCAGUGGUGCAGAUAUCUCAAUCAAGCAAGGCGAAGGUGCUUCUCUGAAGAAACAAAUAGUGAUCCAAAAUCCGUGGACCGGUGUGACGGUUAACAAGACAAUUACUGGAAACAGCGUGGACAUCCAGGUGGGACGUGGUGUGCAAACGGCUUCGGAACCGGGAGUUAUCCAAGAUUCAGGAAAAGGAUCGUCACCUAACAAAACUGCUAAUGAAAACAACAGCAACGCAGCUCAAGGGGCCGGCAGAAUUAUCAGUCAUACCUUGGUCGAAAUACCGUGGACUGGCGUUUCUGUAAACAAAACCAUAUCUACGAGCGGCGUCAACGUGGAAGUUCAACGCGGUGCUCAGGGCAUUCCAUCGUCACAAAUCGUGAUCCAGAAUCCCUGGACGGGAAUCGAAGUCAACAGAACAGUGACCGGGAGGGCUGUAAACCUGCAAGUCCAUGGCGGCGCACAGGGAGACGUGAACAGACUUGUCACUGCGCAGAGCCAUUUCAAGGGAGCAACAGUCGACACCGGUGAUGGCGUCAGUGUGGAAGCCAUGGGUGGUACUCUAGGACAACCCAACAUUCAAGUUUCGGUCCAAAAUCCUUGGACAGGAAUGACAUUCAACAAAACGGUCAUCGGAACCCACUCCAACGUUUCAGUUCAACUAGGUGCCCAAAGUUCAGGCUCUCAGGCGUCAAACGUCCAACACCAGAUAUUCAUUCAAAACCCAUUCACAACGGUUACAGUGAACAGAACAGCUACUGGAAGAAGUGUACAAGUGGAAGUUAACCGGAAUAACCAGCAAGCUUUCAACAAGCAAGUGACGAUAACUCAAAAUCCUGCGACGGGCAUUACUAUAAACAAAACAAUAACAGGCAACAACGUCAACGUGGCCGUACAGCACGGAAGCCGAGCCAACAACGUUAGAUUUGUGACGUCAAAUAUACUUGCGAACGCUGGACAUCCCAUAAUCCACAUUAAGCCUGUGGUUCGCCGUCCGCACCAUCAUCACGUAAAGAAGGUGGAGGUAGCCGAUCCUCGGGCUUCCAACCACCUGAUUCCGCAGCAACAAUUUCUCCCGUUCUUUCACGCCCGCCGAAACCCGAGUCUUCCGAUGCCACCGUACGCCCAUCCCUACAUUCCUUUUAUGCGAGGAAAUCACUUUGAGAAGACGAGACACUUCUGGCACGGUUUCCGUUUAGUAAGACCCGCGCGCUACGGAGCACCGCAGGUCAUACCCAACAUAGCCAUUGACACCCAGGGAACCGGAUUCGUUGUCUCACACACCGAGAUCUACCAGAACGGAAGACCUCUCGUCAAGAACCGAAUAAGCGCGAACCAGGACUUCACGGUCAUCACGAGAGUUCACCGAUUCUCCGCCGACGUCUUGAGUAUCAACUACACCUUCAACUCUCGUGAAGCCGGAGCUGCUGGUCGCGGCGAAGUCGCGAACAACGACGUUCGAAGUGAACUUCGUGGAUUUGGGAACACGCGGGAGUGGUUCAAGCCGAACAUUGACGUGGACAGCGGAGGCGACGACGGCGUAAGCGUGAACACGCAGGUGUACCAGUACGGAAGGCCGGCUUCGAAUUUCGUUGUCGACAAUCGUGCUGGGUUCGUCCUCAUCACGGCGGUCCACAAGCUCCAAAGUAAACCACUGAGCAUCAAGUACACAUUCCUCCCGCUCGGAACGCGGUAGUACAGUCCCCAUG